AUGGCUAACCAAGUUAUAUGGGCAACUACAUUUGUAAGUGAUUUUGUUCAUCAGUACGAGAAAGCAAUAGAUGCAAGAUAUUUUAAAGAGAAAGAAAAAGAUUUGAAGACAAAGAACACCAAACCAGUUCUGAAGACAUGUUACAAAAUUGAAGCAGAUGCAGCUAAUGAUGGUGUCAAAAAAUGUUAUCGUGUGAUGCUAAUGGGAAAGGAGAAACCGGUUUAUGAAGUAGUUCUUGAUCCAAUUGAAAAGAAUGCCAUAUGUUCUUGUCACAUGUUUGAAUUUGUUGGAAUUCUUUGUAGACACAUUCUUGCAUUUUUUGUAAAGAAAUCUCUCUUCUUGGAGGUUGUUGAAGAAGGACAAAAAUCCCAAAGAAAGCAUGAUUAUUUAGCACUUGCUCUAAGAAAAACUCAUUCUGAACUUUUGGACUUGGAUGAUGAGAGUAACGAAACCCGAAUUCAUGGUGGAUCAGCUAUUGAGAAACAACCUCAACACAGUGGCCAUCAAUUAUCUAAUAUGCCUGUCACUUUGUUAGACCCACCACAUGUUUCUUCAAAGGGGCGACCUAAAUCCUUAAGGCUUAAACAUCCCAUGGAAUCACAAUCAGGGAAAAAGAGAAAGUGUAGCAUAUGCAAGCAAACUGGACAUAUCAAGACGAGUUGUUCUUUACAUAAGCAAGCAUCGCAUAAUGCUAUAACAAGUCAUUCACCUACUAUGUAUGAUUCGUUUAAUCCCGAAACAGUGGAUGAGGAGUUGCCAACAACGGUGUAUUCAUUAUCUACCCAACCUUUGAUGUAUAAAGAUCACCAGCCUUCAAGUUUUAUGGAACUGGUGAUGGCAGCCACAAAAAGUCAUGAGAAGAAGUUGUGA